CUCUCCUAAAGUUAAUAAUAUCCUUUGUGUCGCAUGCACAUGCAAGAUGCCUUAAAAUCAAAUAGCAUCUUUUUAAUUUCACAGGGUGUAAUUAAAAAAUGAGAGGAAAUAAAAAACAUAGUGUAUGUGACAUUUGUAUUCCAUUAUAUAUUCUCCACAAUGUGUAGCCAUUAGCUACAUUCACCAAAGAAAUAGAGUAGAAAUAAGUGAUUAUAAUAAUGAUGAUGAUGAGGAAGCAAAAACAAGUAGAGAAGAAAACAAACACUUUCCUACUACAAAAAUCAGCAACAAAAGAAUACCAAAUAACAGCUCCAAAUGAUGAUGAUCAAUAUCAUUCCAAAGUAACAACUAUAGUCACAAAAAAAUCACCUCCUCAAAUUGAGUUUCCUACCUCUCCACAAUUGAUUUUUGGAGAAGAAAUAAUUCAUUUCAGUCAUCCACAGCAUCCUCUCUCAAUGGUGAACCUUCCUGAUCUCUUCAUUUGUGUAGGCUGUAAAGAAUAUGGCUCUGGGAAGAGAUUUGUUUGUCAACAAUGUGAUUAUCAACUUCAUGACUUUUGUGCUUUGGCUCCUCCUGCUCUUAAUGCUCAUCCUUUCCAUUCUCAACAUGCUAUUUUGUUCCAUUCCAAACCAGUGAAAAGUGGAAUGACAAAAUCAAAAUGCGACGUGUGUGGCAAACCAACAAAAGGCUAUACAUUCCUAUGCACAGCAUGUGCUUUCCAAAUGCAUCCUUGUUGUGCCAUGCUCAACACAGAAAUUGACUUCCCAAACCAUCCACACACUCUCAAACUCACACCUUCAUCCACCGCCACUUCCUCCGCCGCAACAAACACCGAUCAUUCCACCCCGAUCGUCUGCAACGAGUGCAAGAAACGAAGAUCGGGGAAAGUGUAUCGGUGCACGGUGUGUAACUAUAAUCUUCAUGCAUUUUGUGCUAAGAGUAAAGUGAAUGGUCUUGAAGCUAAUGGUAUUAGGGUUCCUGAAAAACCAAGUGUUCUUUCUGCUGCAGCUAAAGUUGCUUCUCAAGUUGUGAUUGAGUUUAUUGGAGGGUUUGUUGAAGGUCUUGGUGAAAAUUUGGGUGAAGUUCUUGUUCAAAAUAUUACCAAAGGAGGAAGUGGAACUCUCACUAGUGCUAAUAAUACUCCUUCAAAACCUCGCAAAUAAAAAUUUCUACAUGUCAUGUUUUUUCUCUAAUUCAUUGGUUUAUGUUAUGUAUAUUUUUUAUUUUAUUAAUAUAGGAAUUUAAAAUGUGUGCUAGACUGCUAGGCUGCUUCUUAUUUAUUUAUUUAUUUAUGUCGAAAGUGUUUGUGUUAUAUUUGUGUAAUUUAUAAAAUUCGAUGCCAAAA